GAUGUGAAGCGAGCAGUACGGUAGAAGUGGGCAAAUAUGAGCGGUUAAUGUUAAUUCAGGCGGUAUUCGUUUCUGGUGUAAUAGAAAUUCAAGUUUUCUGCUUCAAUUUCUUGUCGAAUCUUGCUGUCAAACUCGCAAGCAAAAAAGGUGAAAUUCCCAUUCACAUUUUCGUCAACUGCUCCAUGAUCUUCAGUAAUGCUGUGCUACCUACUGUCAAUUUAAUUUUCGUCAAACGAUUUCGUAACAACGUCAAACAAGCAAUGCUAGAAUUGUUAUCAAAAAUUAUGAACAGAAAGAGAAUGUUUACUGUAGUACAUAUUGUACCCAAGACGAAAAUUCAUCCAAUUGCUCAUGUAAGCUAA